UUUAAUUCACUCUUAUGUUAUGGAAGAUGAGUAGAGUUAGAUUGACUAUGUGAGAGAAUGCAGUUUGCUCUUUGCUGGGAUAACCCUGCUUUCUGGGCUGGUGUGGCAGUGGCUGAUCAGCAUAUCAAUCAACUAUCUGGCAAUCAAUCAAUCAAUUAUUUGGCAUCAAAUCUUGAUUACACUUUGAAUUAUUAGAUUCAAGUAACGAGGAGCUAUAUAUCAAUAAUAUCAUACCCCACAAAGUUCCAAAAUUCAAUCUUAUAUUACCAACUUAUUAAAGCUUUCCUACCACAAAUCCACAAUGCCAAGAUAACACAUUAACACCAACAGUCUCCCUUCCUCAGUUCUUAAUAAUUACUUUCCUCCAUUCCAUGGGUUCCUUAGAACUCCAACCCAUAACCCAAACACACCAACCCGACCCGGAAAAACUCAAACCCGACAUUGGUGAUGACUACAUAUCCCCGAUCGAGGAGGUCCGGCUAACCGUCACCAACACUGAUGACCCGACCCUACCAGUAUGGACCUUCCGGAUGUGGUUCCUGGGCCUCAUUUCUUGUGCUGUCCUCUCCUUUCUGAACCAGUUCUUUUCUUACAGGACUGAACCCCUGGUUAUAACCCAAAUCACAGUCCAAGUAGCUGCUCUACCCAUUGGUCGUUUCAUGGCCCAUGUCCUCCCUCAGACAGAGUUUAGAAUCCCCGGGUUUGGGACCCGGACAUUUUCGCUUAAUCCAGGCCCGUUUAACGUGAAGGAGCAUGUACUGAUAACCAUAUUUGCUAAUGCUGGAAGUGCAUCUGCUUAUGCUGUUUACAUAGUGGAUAUUAUUAAGGCCUUUUACAUUCGGAAGAUAUCAUUCUUUGCUGGUUGGAUUCUUAUUAUCACUACUCAGGUCUUAGGAUAUGGUUGGGCAGGUUUACUGAGGAAAUAUGUGGUAGAGCCCGCCCAUAUGUGGUGGCCUAGCACUCUUGUCCAAGUCUCUCUAUUCAGGGCCUUGCAUGAGAAAGAUGACAAAGAUGAGAUGCGCAUAUCAAGGUCAAAGUUCUUUAUAAUAGCAUUAGUAUGCAGCUUCUUUUGGUAUGCUGUUCCUGGUUACCUGUUCUCAACACUCACAAGUGUAUCAUGGGUCUGCUGGGUAUUCUCAAAAUCAGUGACAGCACAUCAACUAGGCUCAGGCAUGAAAGGCCUCGGUCUUGGAGCAGUAACACUAGACUGGUCUGCUGUGGCAUCGUAUUUAUACAGCCCGCUCAUAACCCCAUUCUUUGUCAUUGCAAAUGUUUGUGCAGGUUAUGUUGUCAUACUAUACAUCUUCAUUCCUAUAGCAUACUGGGGAUUGGACUUGUAUGAUGCUCGAAAGUUUCCUAUUUUCUCUUCACAUUUAUUCACAGCUCAAGGUCAACUCUAUAACAUUUCAAAGAUAGUCAAUGACAACUUUGAAUUAGAUCUAACCGAGUAUCAGAAACAAGGGCAGAUCCAUAUGAGUGUGUUUUUUGCAUUUAGUACUUAUGCCUUUGGAUUCGCCGCCAUAGCUGCCACUAUUACUCAUGUAGGUUUCUUCUAUGGAAGGGAGAUAUUUGAAAGAUAUCAUGCAUCGUACAAAAGCAAGGAAGAUAUCCAUACAAGACUGAUGAACAAGUAUAAAGAUGUACCAUCAGGGUGGUUCUACCUCCUCCUUGGCUUAACAGUAUCAAUUUCUUUUCUUCUCUGCAUCUUCUUAAAAGAUCAAGUUCAAAUUCCUUGGUGGGCUCUCCUCUUUGCUUGUGGCUUGGCAUUCAUUUUCACUCUUCCCAUAAGCAUUAUUACUGCCACAACAAACAUGGAACCCGGACUGAAUAUAAUUUCAGAGUACAUUAUGGGUCUUAUAUUACCAGGAAAACCAAUUGCCAAUGUGUGCUUCAAAGUUUAUGGUUAUAUGAGCAUGUCACAAGCUAUUUCUUUCCUCAGCGAUUUCAAGCUAGGACACUACAUGAAGAUCCCGCCAAGAUCAAUGUUUUUAGUUCAGCUAAUAGGAACCAUUCUUGCUGGUACCAUCAACAUCGCAGUAGCUUGGUGGUUACUCAAUUCAAUUCAGAAUAUAUGCCAGGAUAAUCUUCUUCCACCAGACAGUCCUUGGACGUGUCCUAGUGACCGUGUAUUUUUUGAUGCUUCUGUUAUAUGGGGGUUGGCAGGUCCUAAAAGGAUAUUUGGAGAUCUUGGAUCUUAUAAAGCCUUAAAUUGGUUCUUCCUCGGAGGUGCAGUAGGACCGAUUAUAGUUUGGAUCCUUCACAAGGCAUUCCCUAAGCAAACAUGGAUUCCAUUGAUUAACCUGCCAGUACUUUUCGGGGCUACAUCUUCGAUGCCACCAGCAACAACUCUCAACUACAAUGCAUGGAUCAUAGUUGGAACAAUUUUCAACUUGUUCAUUUUCCGUUACAGAAAGAAAUGGUGGCAAAGGUACAACUAUAUUCUUUCAGCAGCUUUGGAUGCUGGGGUUGCCUUCAUGGCAGUUCUGUUGUAUUUGGCAUUUGGUGUGGAGAAUAAAAGCUUGACUUGGUGGGGUACAGACGGCGAGCAUUGUAAUCUCGCAACGUGUCCAACAGCCAAGGCCAUAAUUGUUGAUGGAUGCCCUAUCUACUACGGAGUAGUAGUUUAGUAGUUCUUGAAUAUUUAUAGAAAAAAUGGAAAUAGAAUUUCCCAUACUACAGUUUGAUAGAAUUAUACAGCAUAUACUUGUCACAAGAUCUUGGGGAAGAAGAAGAACCCAUGUGUAACAGCAACAGAACAAGUUAAAAGAAAUGGUUUUUAAUUCUUUCGAGAAAUUUAGACCGCGUUUGCCACCCUAAUUUGCGGGGAUAACUGAACCGUAGAAUGUGGUGUUGUGCACGUUCCCUUCUAUUACAUUUACUACGUAUGUAAGAUUUGACAUCCCCAGUGUUGCACGAGAAAUGACACGUGAUCGACUGAAAAAAUUAAUAUAUUUACUACUUAUGUAA